UCAAAUACAUUCAAUUUAAUAUUUUUCAAUUUCUUUUAAAACAAAUUUAGUAUAGUUUUCAAGUCCAAAUAUUAUUAUUAUUAUUUUUUCAAAUAUCUCCAUCCUAAUGAAUAUACACGUUUUAAGGUUUCAAAACUAAUUUGAUAAAUAAGGUCCCUCUCCAAGCACCUGAGAGUUUCUUUUACAGAAAAGGCUUUCCAAUCUUUCUUCUCACACAUGCAAACUCAAUGCCCUUCUCUUCUACUUUGAGACUUGGGAGAAUCAGUACCUGGAGAUGUUCUACUGCAGAGAGCUGUUCAUAAUUAAAGACCAAAUGGGAAAACCACUGGCCAGAAAGUGCUCUCAAGAAGUCGGGUUUGGCUUACUGGUCUCUUUUAUUUUUUGCCUUGUAUUGUAUAGCUUAAUUUAUUCAAGUUUACUGGGUGUUAACAAUGGGGUCAAUCUUCUGGUAAACAAACAAGUUCACCCGAUUCGUAUUGUGAAGAUUAACGGCACCGAACAUCCAUGCUCUGAUCGUUACAUUUACAUCCAUGAAGGUCUUCCUAGCAGAUUCAACUAUGACUUCCUCAACAACUGUGAGUCUCUUACUGCAGGGGCUAUGACUGUUAGCAACAUUUCAAAUAUGUGUCCUUACUUUGUUAAUCUUGGUCCAGUAAUUGAAAGCUCCGAAGGGGUUUUAGCCAAUGAGAGUUGGUUUUCCACAAACCAGUUCUUGUUAGAAGUCAUAUUCCACAACAGGAUGAAGCAGUAUGAGUGUUUGACAGAAAACUCCACUCUGGCUUCAGCCAUUUAUGUCCCAUUCUAUGCUGGCAUAGAUGCCAGUGUCCAUCUGCGGGAUCCUAACCUCACAGCCAGAGACUCUUCGGCGAAAGAUCUUGUUAGAUGGCUUUCGAGCAAACCCGAAUGGAAGAAAAUGUGGGGAAGUGACCAUUUCUUUGUUGCUGGGAGGGUUUCCUGGGACUUCAGGAGGCGAAGAGACAAUAGUUCUAAUUGGGGUAGUAAACUCAGGUUCUUGCCUGAGUCUAUGAACAUGAGCAUGUUAUCAAUUGAAGGAAGCGCAUGGAAAAAUGACCAUGCUAUACCAUACCCUACAAGCUUUCAUCCUAAAGAGGACAGUGAGGUGGUUCAGUGGCAGAACAGAGUUAGAAAACAAGAAAGGCCUCACUUGUUUGCUUUUGUUGGUGCACCGAGGGCUCGCCAGAAAAAUUCUAUCCGGGGCAAACUUAUUGAUCAGUGCCAAGCUUCAACUAAUUGCAAGUUUCUACAUUGCCGUAAAAACAAUUGUGACAACCCGGUUACUAUUAUGAGGGUGUUUCAGAGCUCAGUUUAUUGCUUGCAGCCUCCCGGCGAUACGAGCACCAGGAGAUCCACUUUUGACUCUUUUGUAGCUGGUUGCAUUCCAGUAUUCUUUCAACCGGCAUCGGCUUACACUCAAUACUUAUGGCAUUUACCAAAAAAUCAUACCAAGUAUUCAGUGUUUAUUCCGGUGAGGAGUGCUGAAGAUUUGAAAGAAGGCGACAUUGAGAAAGUCUUGCUUGGAAUUUCAAAGGACAGGGAAUUGGCCAUGAGACAGGAGGUUAUAAGGCUAAUACCAAAGCUGGUGUAUGCAGAUCCCAGGUCAAGAUUGAAGACUCAAGAUGCAUUUGAUUUAGCUGUGCAGGGAAUUCUUGAGAGAAUAGGAAAUGUUAGGAAGGUGAUUAGGGAGGGGAAGGAUCCUAGUAUUGGUUUUGCAGAGUCUGAUAAUGGUAAGUUCACAUUUCCCAAGACUAAUACCAAUAGACUUUAUUGAAUGCAAAUAGAUACUUCGUUCUGAGAGCAACCCAAGAUGGAAGAACUGGAUGGUGUGUAGUUAUGUAAAACAAAAAUAAAGAAAUUGUGGUGUUGUGUUUUUAAUUAUGAUUUUAAAACGGGAGAUUGAUGUUCACUGAAGAAGCUUAUGUGCAAUUUCAGAUUAUGAUUAAU